GCAGCCAUGAGCCAGGACGCGGAGCCCAGCGGCUCCGAGCAACCGGACAGAGAUGCCCGCAGCGUGCCCGGCGCCCCAGCGCCCGCAGCCCCGGGCCCCAGAGGGAUGCAGCCGCUGCCACCUCCACCUCCGCCCCCCGCCGGCCUGCCCCAGAUCAUCCAAAAUGCCGCCAAGCUCCUGGACAAGAACCCGUUCUCGGUCAGUAACCCGACCCCUCUGCUCCCUUCGCCUGCCAGUCUCCAGCUGGCUCAACUGCAAGCCCAGCUCACCCUCCACCGGCUGAAGUUGGCACAGACAGCUGUCACCAACAACACUGCAGCCGCCACCGUCCUGAACCAAGUCCUCUCCAAAGUGGCCAUGUCCCAGCCUCUCUUCAACCAGCUGAGGCAUCCGUCUGUGAUCAGUGCUCCCCACAGCCAUACCGGGGUGCCCCAACAUGCUGCGAGCGUGCCCAGUGCCCGGUUUCCCUCGAACACAAUUGCCUUCUCGCCCCCGGGCCAGACACGAGGCCCAGGGCCGUCGGUGAGCCUGCCCAGCCAGCCCCCCAACGCCGUGGUGGUGCACCCCUUCAGCGGUGUCAUGCCGCAGACCCCCGCCCAGUCGGCAGUCCUCCUGGGCAUCGGCAAGACCGGGACGGGUCCCACCCCAGCAGGAUUCUACGAGUAUGGCAAAGCCACCUCCGGCCAGGCCUAUGGCUCCGAAACAGAUGGUCAGCCCCUCUUCCUGCCAACCUCGGCCUCCACGUCGGGCAGCGUGACCUAUGAGGGACACUACAGCCAGUCAGGACAAGAGAGCCAGGCUGCCUUUCCCAAAGACUUCUACGCAGCCAACUCCCAAGGGUCGCACGUGGCGGGGGGCUUUGUGGCUGAGCCAGCGGGGGGCCUGAAAGGUGAGGUAGGUCCAAACAGCCAAUGGGACAGCCCCCAUGGGUUCUCGGGCCAGAGCAAGCCCGAGCUCACAGCCGGCCCCAACCUGUGGCCUCCACCCGCCAGCCAGCCCUACGAGCUGUAUGACCCCGAGGAGCCCACCUCAGACAGGACCCCUCCUUCCUUCGGGGGUCGGCUGAACAACAGCAAGCAGGGUUUCAGUGGUGCCCGUCGGCGGGCCAAGGAGGAGCAGGCCAUGCUGUCCAUGCGGCCCCUGCAGGCUCACGAGCUGAAUGACUUUCACGGGGUGGCCCCCCUCCACCUGCCACACAUCUGCAGCAUCUGUGACAAGAAGGUAUUUGAUCUAAAGGACUGGGAGCUGCAUGUGAAAGGGAAGCUACAUGCUCAGAAAUGCCUGGUCUUCUCUGAAAACGCUGGUGUCCGAUGUGUGCUCGGUUCGGCAGAGGGAACUCUGUGUGCCUCUCCCAACAGCACAGCCGUUUAUAACCCUGCUGGGAGCGAAGAUUAUGCCUCAAAUCUUGGAACAUCCUAUGCAGCCAUUCCAGCAAGGUCAUUUCCUCAGUCGAAUCCCACCUUUCCUUCGGCUUCCCCAGGGACAAAUUUUGUGCAGCGGAAAACGGGUGCUGGCCGCGUGGUGCAUAUCUGCAAUCUUCCAGAAGGAAGCUGCACUGAGAAUGACGUCAUUAACUUGGGGCUGCCCUUUGGAAAGGUCACCAAUUACAUCCUCAUGAAGUCUACUAAUCAGGCCUUCUUAGAGAUGGCUUACACAGAAGCUGCUCAGGCCAUGGUCCAGUAUUACCAAGAGAAGUCUGCUGUGAUCAAUGGUGAGAAGCUGCUCAUUCGGAUGUCUAAGCGAUACAAGGAACUGCAGCUGAAGAAACCCGGGAAAAAUGUGGCUGCCAUCAUCCAGGACAUUCAUUCCCAGAGGGAGAGGGACAUGUUCCGGGAAGCAGACAGAUACGGCCCUGAGAGGCCACGGUCCCGCAGCCCGGUGAGCCGGUCCCUGUCCCCGAGGUCCCACACUCCGAGCUUCACCUCCUGCAGCUCUUCGCACAGUCCUCUGGGCCCUUCGAGGGUUGACUGGGGCAAUGGCCGGGACUGCUGGGAGCACGCCCCCUACGCCAGGAGGGAGGACGACAGAGACCCGGCCCCCUGGAGGGAGAACGGAGAAGACAAGAGGGACAGGACGGACCCGCGGGCGCACGAUCGCAAACACUACCCUCGGCCACUGGACAAAGCCGAGUUAGAGGAGCGACUGGACGGAGGGAGGGGCCACCGAGAAAGGCACCCGAGGUCUGGGUCCCCCAACCCGCCCCACUCUGCGUCAGGCUACAAGAGCCGAGAGGAUGGCUACUACCGCAAGGAGCCCAAGGGCAAAGCGGACAAGUACCCGAAGCAGCAGCAGGAUGCCCCCGGGAGGUCCAGGCGGAAAGACGAGGCCAGGCUGCGGGAGGGCAGGCACCCCCACCCCGACGACUCGGGCAGGGAGGACGGGCUGGAGCCCAGGGUCACCAGGGCCCCCGACGGCACCAAGCCCAAGCAGAGCGAGAAAACCAGAACCAAGAGACCCGACAAAGACCAAGAAGGAGCUGAUGACAGAAAAGAAAGCAGAAUGGCCGAGAAUGAGGCUGGAGGAGAGGGCAUGGGAGAAAGCCCCCCGUCAGCGGGCUGGCAGGAGAAAGAAACAGAGUCCUCUGAUCCAGAAAACACAAGAACACAGAAGAAUGAAGACUGGGAGAGUGGGAGCGAAGCUGAAGAUGAGAGCUGGUACCCCACGAACAUGGAGGAGCUGGUCACCGUGGACGAGGUAGGCGAGGAGGAGGACCUUAUCAUGGAGCCGGACAUCCCCGAGCUGGACGAGAUCGUGCCCAUUGACCAGAAGGACAAGAUGUGCCCAGAAACAUGCCCCUGUGGGACAGCCGCCCUGCACCUGGACUUCGCCAAGGACUUCGCCAAGGACGGAGUCAAGACCGUAGGUAACGGGGCUGCAGGAAUCAGCCACAAGUCUCCCAAAGAAGGGCCUUCUGCUUCCACGAGCUGUCCCAGUGACAUGGACGUGGAAAUGCCUGGCCUAAAUCUGGAGGCUGAGCAGAAGCCAGCUGAACGCGAGACAGGCCUCUCGCUGGAGGGUUCAGAUUGCUACGAGAAGCAGGCAAAGGGAGCAGCGAGCUCAGAUGUUCGUCUGUCCCCUACGCUCCAGCAAAUGUCUUCCCCCAAGCCAGCAGAGGAGGGGGCCCAGCAGCCUAGCCCAGUUCUCGACGACAGCAAGGCCAAGGGGACCCCCGAAGAUGGGGCUUGUGAAGGCAGCCCCCUGGAAGAGAAAGCCAGCCCCCCUGCCGACACCGACCUCCAAAGCCAGGCUUGCCAAGGAGUGUCGGCCCAGGAAAACUCCAGGUACAUGGAGAUGAAAUCCCUGGAUGUGAGGUCACCGGAAUACACUGAAGUGGAGCUGAAACAGCCCCUUUCUUUGCCUUCCUGGGAACCAGAGGAUGUGUUCAGUGAACUUAGCAUUCCUCUAGGGGUGGAGUUCGUGGUGCCCAGGACUGGGUUUUACUGCAAGCUGUGCGGGCUGUUCUACACGAGCGAGGAGAUGGCGAAGAUCAGCCACUGUCGCAGUGCUGUCCACUACAGGAACUUACAGAAGUACUUGUCCCAGCUGGCCGAGGAGGGCCUGAAGGAGACGGAAGGGGCCGGCAGCCCACGGCCCGAGGACAGCGGAAUCGUGCCCCACUUUGAAAAGAAAAAGCUCUGACACCCUGGCGCUGUGGGGAGCGGGAGGGAGGGCCCGCCAAGGUGGGGCUCUCCUGGCCACCAGGACGGGACUAAAGCCAGAGCGGAAGGACAGCCGGGCGACCGCGGGCCUGGGUCCUUCUCAGACUCAUGAAAAAGCCCCUCAAGUG